AACCAGCCGCAUGAUGUUUGCUUUUUGAGACCAGUACUUAUGACCUAUAUGUGGCGAGAAUCGGUCAUCUGGGGGGCCUCGACGUCUGCAAAAUAGUUUGUCUGUCCGGGGUAAAUCAUGCUGCUUGCCUGGCAGUGAGCUGAUGGAAGUUGGGUAAGAACUUGAAGCCAGGGGAAACGUGAUCCCAUUUUUGACGGAGGAAUGCAACCACGUACCCUAACCCUGUGAUUUUGGCACGGCUUGUCCCGCGCGAGUCCACAUCCCGCAGAAGGAAGCUCCACGUUGUCGAUAAGCCGACCGGUCACUGUCAAGUUGUCAAGCGCAUCUCCCGCACCGAACGACAGACAACCCUCACCCUCAACAUAACCCCGAAACCACCUGCCCACCAUGGACCCCUACUCGGCCGAAGGCGAAUUGAUCAACAUCCACAACCACUUCCACCAGGGCCAAUACCAGGAAGUGGUCGACUUCGACGUCUCGUCGCUCUCCGCGGAGAACGCGCUGCCCGCCCGCGUGCUGCAGCUGCGCGCGCGCGUCGCCUUGGGCCAGGCCGAGAAUGUGCUGGCCGACGUGCGGGGCGAGACGGCGCCCGAGCUGCAGGCCGUGAGCGCCCUGGCGGAGCAGGCGCUGGGCAACACCGACGCGGCGGUCAAGACGGUCGAGGGGCUCGCGCAGUCGGCGGCCGACAACGCCACGGUGCAGGUGCUGGGCGGGACAGUGCUGCAGGCGGCGGGCAGGUCGGAGGAAGCGCUGGCGCUGUUGGGGCAGCAUCAGGGGAGUUUGGAUGCCGUUGCGCUUAUUGUGCAGAUUCAUCUCCAACAGAACAGGAAUGAUCUCGCUGUGAAGGAGGUCGCUGCCGCACGGAGGUGGGCGCAGGAUAGCCUUCUGGUGAACCUCGCAGAAUCGUGGGUUGGGUUGCGACUGGGCGGCGAGAAGUACCAACAAGCAUUCUACGUGUUCGAGGAGCUGGCACAGGCGCCUGCGACAUCAUCAGUACGGACCCUGGUCUCCCAGGCCGUCGCAGAGCUCCAUCUCGGCCGGACAGAGGAGGCGCAAGCCGCGCUGGACCAAGCGCUGAAGAAGGAGCCCGAGUAUGCGGAUGCUAUUGCGAACCUCCUGGUGUUGAGUGUAAUAACCGGGAAGAGCUCGGAGGAGCUGAUGAGCUCUCUGCAGAAGGCCGAUGCCGAGCAUCCGUUCUUGGUGGACCUGGCUGAGAAGAGCGACCUCUUUGAUAAAGCGGCAACGAAAUACAAGGCCAAGGCGGCCGCCUAAGUGCAUGUCUUGAAACCAUUCACGACUAACGAUACACACCAGAAACGCAUGAUGGCUUGGGAUGGCUUGGGAUGGUUUGGGGUAGACGAGUCCUUCGGCAUCACCCAGCCCCAGCUUUGCACCAGUACAGCAAGGAGCGGCCACUCAUACCGGUUUGAGAACUGGCGGCCGACACACCGCGUGCCCCUGAGAGCCAGCUCAUGAUAGAAUAUUUUGCCGUAGCUCAAGCGAGAUCAAAUGAGCCUGCAAUGCCGGCGGAGGCAAUUCUCUCCCAGAACAGCGUCAUUUCCAUUGGCACACCCAGUUAGAUGCAAGGUUAUGUGUGUUCUUGUCCUCAUUUCGAAGUUAGAAUACGAACUCGACUCGUCUCCAGCUUGACACUUGCCAAGCAUCACAUGCGAUUUCGAUCCACAACGGCGGAACAGGG